CGCCCAGUAAGGGAACUUCUGGGGAGCAGCAACAGCAGCAGCAGCAGCAGCAGCAGCACAAUGGGAAAGAAAUCUCUGUGCCUCCUGAUUUCUUUUGCCCUUCUUGCCUACUUUGUGUACAUACCUCUCCCAGAUAAUAUCGAAGAACCAUGGAAACUGAUGAUAACUAAUGCUUUCCUUAGGGCUAAUAUACACCUGUCGGCGCUUUUGGAAAUGCUGGGGUUUAGACCACUUGUAGUCUUGUCCAUCUUGAAAGUCCCACCGACGUCAAAUGAAAAGGCCACCGUAACAGAUACUCUGUUCAAUAAUGUCCCGGUCCGAGUCUUUGUGCCAAAGCAGAAGCCAUCUACGACGAGAAGGGCCGUGUUUUAUAUUCAUGGUGGUGGCUGGGCCAUAGGAGAUGCCACUUGGAAGCUUUAUGAUGAGUUGGCAAGACAAAUGAUGGACAAGCUUGAUGCAGUGAUCGUGUCAACUAACUACAGACUAUCACCUGAGUAUCACUUUCCAACUCAGUUUGAAGAUGUAUAUGAUGCAUUAAGGUGGUUCUUGAGGAAGAAAGUCCUUGCAGAGUAUGGGGUGGACCCCUCCCGAAUCUGUGUUGCUGGAGAUAGUGCUGGGGGGAAUUUAGCUGCAGCUGUCACCCAGAAGCUCCUGGAUGACCCUGAAGUCAAAACAAAAGUCAAGAUUCAGUCUUUAAUUUAUCCUGCUCUUCAGACUCUUGAUAUGGAUUUGCCAUCACAUCGAGAAAACGCCCAUAUGGUCUUCCUGACAAAACAUGAUAUGGUUAGGUAUUGGAGCACAUAUUUCACUUUAGACAAGGCACUGAAGGAAGCCAUGCUUGUCAACCAACAUACACCUGUGGAAUCCAGCCAUCUCUUCAAGUUUGUUAACUGGAGUACCUUGCUUCCUGAGAGGUUUAAAAAAGGACAUGUUUAUGCCAACCCAACUCAUGGACACUCUGACCUUGCCAAAAAGUACCCUGGUUUUCUAGAUGUCAGAGCAUCCCCGCUAUUAGCUGAUGAUUCUAAGUUACAGCAUUUACCCUUGACCCAUAUUCUCACCUGUCAGCAUGAUGUCUUAAGAGAUGAUGGGAUCAUGUAUGCCUCCCGCCUUAGGGCUGCAGGGGUCCAGGUAGUCCAUGAACAUGUGGAAAAUGGGUUCCAUGGAAUCCUGACAAUGACUAGUGAACUAAUGAAAUUUAAAGUCGGCCUUAGGGCACUGAACAAAUAUCUGAAGUGGCUAGAGGAGAAUCUCUAGUGAUAAUCCAGCUGUUCCAAUCUACCAAGAGCCAGAUCUUCCUGAGUACAAGUCAUGGUAUUGGUUGCUGGCAGGGGUGGGGUGGGGGUGGGAAUGGGGGUUAGAAAAUGGAAUAAGACAAGGUUCUGAUUGCCCCGGAGAGAAGAUUUGUGCACAAAUAGCUGCAAUACAAAUGAAGUGAAGGGGAGAAAACAUAUGCACUGACAUAUUACCAAUUCAAGUGUCCCAAUUACUUAGAAGUCAAACCAUGUGGGUUGGAGGUCUAGAGGAUGAUCAGUGAAACUCCUUUCUCUGCCCUGAGCACCCGCCCUAAAUCCCAGCUGCAUACUGCACAGGCCAACCUGGAUGUCCAAGGAAGAAAAUGUAAAAGGACCUUGCCCUCUCCCACCUUAAAGCACUGUAUAAAUGUAAUUGGUUAUUGCUGUA